AUGUCUGUUAAGCUUUUCCCUAAUUUAAAAGAAAAUAGUAAUGUAAAAACAGUGGAAUAUCCAUAUAAAUUGCAAUCUGUAUUGAAAGAUACUAUUGCCCCUAAUUCAUUGCCAUCAUCUUCACCACCAUCUUCGUCUUCUCCGCCUAUAAAAUACAUUGAAUUCAAUAAAGCUAAAUUUGCUACAUUGACAUGGCCUUCAAGUAUCACUAAUAACGGUUCAUCAACCUCUUCUUGCCCCAAAUGUAGAAUAUUUAUUGUGCAUGGUUUUGGUGAAUAUAGUAAGCUAUAUUAUAAAUUGAUGGAUCAAUUAUCUCUGCAAGGAGUUGAAUGCUUUUUUUUUGACCAAAGAGGCGCAGGGUAUACUUCUCCUGGGAACUUGAAGGGUAAAACAGAUGAGUAUCAUACUUUUAACGAUCUGGACCAUUUUUUAAAACUAUACAUUGAUGACAAUAAUAAAAAGGACAGGAAUAGUGGCAGUGAUAAGAAAAUACCAUUAUACCUAUAUGGACACUCCAUGGGUGGAGGUAUUAUUUUGAAUUAUGGUAUUCAUGGCAAAUACAAACAAUCCAUUGAUGGUAUUAUAGCUACGGGUCCAUUAAUAUUAUUACAUCCACAUACCAGACCAAACGCAUUAGUGUUAAAAUGUUCUUGGUUGAUCUCGAAAAUGCUGGGGAAUGUUCAGUUAGACACUGGGUUAGAUAUAGACGGUGUAACUGGAGAUAGUAAAUUUAGAGAGUACUUAAUCAACGAUUUUCCGAACGCUACUCCAUGUGUUGGUAGUUUUAGGCAAAUUUAUGAUUUUUUAAUCAGAGGGAUGUAUUUAGUCGACAGCAGAAAUGAAACAGAAAUUAACAAGAAUAUGAUUAAAAAACCUUUAUUAAUUUUAUGUGGUGAUAAAGAUAGUAUUAAUGAUUAUAAAGCAUCAGUUAAAUUUGUUAAAGAAGUGUUGUCAGAAGAAUCUAGUGGUAAUAGUUUGCGUAAUGUUAAGACGUAUCCCGGGGGGAGACAUUCUUUACACAUUGACAGAGAAGAAAUAUUUCAAAUGUUAUUGAAAGACAUUUUAAAAUUUGUGGAAAAUUGA